CAUUAUGCAGGUGAAAGACUAACAAUGGCUGGAGACUGAUGAGGAUCACAAAUACUGAUCCGACACACAAGGAUCUGAAAACAGUUGGUAGUUAAAAUAAUUCUUUGUUGCAUGAAGAGCUGAGGGACACUGCAAAAAGAAGAAAAACUUGUCUAAAAAAUGAGAACAACUUUGAGGGGAAAAACAGCAGCAAAUCAUUGCUUAAGAAGACACUCAGCUUCACAAUUAAAUGUGGUCUCAAAAUAGAUUGACCUGAAUCCAACAUGGACAGAUUAUAUGCAUCGUUGAGGGAAGAGCUACAAGUCUUUGAGGAGCAGGUUCAGAAGUGUCGAGUAAACUUUGACUUGCAAACUCUGCAAAGAGCACUGGCCCUGCUGUUAGAAGAACACAAAGAACAGCUUGACAACUGGAAGCACAUAGAGCAAUAUAUCCAAUCAACCUCCAAUAUUGGGGAACAGAGGGCACAGCUCCACAAGUACUUCUCUUGGCUCCUAUCAUAUUUAGAGCAUCUGCGUGCUAUGAAGCAUGCCUUUGAUGAUCAUGUUGUUUUUCCGUUGUGUGAUAAUCUGUAUAUAAAUGAUGAGACAGAAACCCCACCAGCGCCCUUCCUGUUAUCUCCUCCUAACAUUACAAGCACUGCCAGGCAGUUGUUUCACCACAGGCGUAGGUGGGCUCUUCUGCUGAGCUCAGGGACCCUGGUACAGAACCACCAUAGUUCUGGAACACCUCAUUCAAUGGCAUUACUGCAUUGUAUCCCAGAUAUUUUUGAAGAAAGCCUAGUGACAGCUAACUUGGCACAUAACUGGAUCAUCCUCCAUGAAGCUCGGUGCAAGAAUCCUUUAACGAUCUUCCAACAACAACCAAAGCCAGGUGGUGAAUGUCAGGUAGAAGAGCAUACUGCAAAGAGACUUUUUGGCUCAUUCCUAUCUUCAGCUGACCUAGAGAGCCAAACCCAGUUAAAGGACAUGAGAGAACAUAUGAUGUUUCUUCUAUGGAGAGCAGGACGAGCAAAAGCCCUGGAACAACAGGUGAGUGACUCAAAACUGAAAGUACGGAGUCUACAACAAGACAUCUGUGAGCUACAACAAUUACAUCAAAAAUAUGGAAAGGAAACCUCUGGUGCACAGAAAAAUAUCAACUUGGAGGACCAAACGCGGCUGGAGAAACUGCAGCGGCAGCUGAAUCUGGAGCAGUUCCAGCAGAGGAUAUUACAAUGUGACUGGCAACUAGAGCUUGAAGUCAAACCAUUGCUCAUUCGACAGUUAAAUACUCUGAUAUCAGCAUAAACUAGGACAUGAGGUAAGUGAUCUAAUAAGUCUCUUGUGGCUCCAGGUUCGAGAGAGCUGCUCACAACUGGAGGCGUCACUGAGUCCUAGUAACAAGCCACAGAAUGGGUCUCCCCAGGAGUCUGUAGGAGCGCUCAGCGAAAUGGAUUGGGACAAUAGCUCCAUCUUUUCUCACAGUUCAACGUAUUCAUCUGAGGUAUUUUCUCCCCACUGAUGGGCCUAGACUAACAGAGGACAUGUGAUUACCAAGAUACAACAUACGGUAUGUUGGCAUUAUGGACCAGAUUCAGAGAUGGACACAGAAACUCAUGUGGUACCCCAUCAAGACUGCAACUGACAUUUAAGUGACUUCUGUGCCCUUUACCUCCUGUACAAAAUGGUUGUACGCUUUGUGACUUGCAGCUGAAAAAGGCUUAACGCUGAACUGCUUAUGUGGCCCCAAGGAUAAAGUCAUUUAUAUGUGAUGACACUGUGUUCUUUACCGUAUUGCUGAAACUAUAAACUUUCAUUACAUUUUGCAUCGAAUUCAUAAUAAUCUAUAAAUAAUUAGUAUCAUUACAAAGAGUUAAUGUAAUGAUAAUGUGUAAUAGUUAAUGCCACUUAGGGGGUGAUUCAGACCUGAUCAUAGAUGUCAUACCCUCCAACUGUACCUUUUUAAUAGGUACAGUACCUUUUUUAUGGUCACGCCCCUUUACCUGUGGCCACGCCCCCUUUUCCAAUUUGUACUGUUUUUUAUGUGUAAAUUGUUGGAGGGUAUGAGAUGUGCUAAAUUUAGCACAUCUACGAUCAGCUUCCCUAACAUGCGGGGAGACGCCCAGCACAGGGCUAGUCCACUCCACAUGUCAGGGCCGAUUUCCCUACACAAGUACAAAAGCACUGCACAGCGGCGAUGCUUUUCUACUGGAAGAGUAGCUCCCAGCCAGCACAGCUCCUGCGUGCUGGCAGGGAGCUACUCGUUGCAGCCCGGGUCGCAGCGGCUGCAUGUGACGCCGGCGCAUGCACAGAUCAGGCCUGAUCACUGCUGUAAUCAGGUCUGAAUUAGCCCCUUAAUCAGAAGUUAUUUCAGGUACUGUACAACAGUCAAUGCUACAGAGUUCCAGUUGAAUAAAUAUAAAUCUGGUUGAAUCGAGUGUAGAUUAUUGUCAAAACCUGUAUGUAGAAAAGAGAGGUCGCACAAGUCCUCUAUUCUUUUGAACAAAACGCCCUUGAGUAUUUUUUUAUAUUAUAUUCAUGUGAAUGUUCUUUACUGGGGGGUGCUACCACAAGCAAGAUAGGAUUAUGUAUACAUAAAGAAAGAACAAGAUUGCCUUGUAGUGGUAUAAAAUUUAACUUUUAAUUCAUAUUAUUAAAAAACAUUUGCGAAAUAUAGGAUAAAAUAUAGAAGUGAAAAGAUAGAGAAAAAGUGUUUAAAAUAUGUGACUUCCUACACACAGGGUGUCCGCGAAUUGUACAGCCUAUAUACCUUUAUAGUGUGAACGUAUCUACGUAUUUGUGCUCAUGCUCAUUAAUAAAUGUUGUGCAGUC